AUGACCGGGACUAAAUUGUUUUUCGAUCCUGGUCCCGGUCCUAGUAAAAUUCUAUUUUUUGGUCCCGGUCCCGGUCGUGGUCCCGGUAAAAUUCUAUUUUUUGGUCCCGGUCCCGGUCCCGGUGGCCGGGACCGGGACCGGGACUGGGGCCGGGACUGGUCCCGCACAUGUCUAUAUAUGAGUGAUGUACUAAUUCUUGCUAGACAAAAAAUUUUUGACAAAAAACUU